GUCGAACGUUUCUCCUCUCACUGCCAAAGUUUCUGGCAGCAACGGUGUUAAGCCUUAAUAUUUAAUCCUCCAGUGUUGAGGAAGGAAGGUAGAGAAAUUCUGGUGAGAAGCGUUGUCUGGAAGAUUUUUUGUUGAGGCAUGUUAGAAAGGCUGCUGGGAGCCUAGAGUAGGGAGCUGCUCCAGAUUUGUGAGUUCCGUUUUAAUUUCCCUUGGAAACCUCACGUGGGCGGAGGCCAGCGCCUGGAUGUGCGGGGCUGCACUGAAGCCCUGCCCAUCAAGGGACCCGUCCGGGGUCUGUAAGCCCCUUUCCCCGCCCACCCAUCAUCUGGCCGCGCAUGCGCUGAGCCGGCGGGCCGGAGAGUUGUCGGCUGGGAAAUGGCGGCCGCGGGCUUGGUCGCUGUGGCUACUGCUGCAGAGUACUCUGGCCCAGUAGCGUCGGGAGGUAACCUCUCCGUUGUUAACUGCGGCCCGAACUCCGGGGCAGGCCCAGGUCCUGGCCCGGGCUCAUGGAGCCGCUCCCUCGACCGAGCGCUGGAGGAGGCGGCGGUAACCGGGGUGCUGAGCCUGAGCGGCCGGAAACUGAGGGAGUUUCCCCGGGGAGCGGCCAACCACGACCUGACGGACACCACCCGGGCGGAUCUGUCACGAAAUCGCCUCUCAGAAAUUCCCAUAGAAGCAUGUCACUUCGUUUCUCUUGAGAAUCUCAAUUUAUACCAAAAUUGUAUUCGGUAUAUACCAGAGGCAAUUCUAAACUUGCAAGCUCUAACGUUCUUAAAUAUUAGUCGAAACCAGCUGUCAACAUUGCCAGUACACUUGUGUGAUUUACCAUUGAAAGUCUUAAUUGCUAGUAAUAACAAAUUGGUCUCACUUCCAGAAGAAAUUGGACAUCUCAGACAUUUAACAGAACUUGAUGUGAGCUGCAAUGAAAUUCAAACAAUCCCUUCCCAAAUUGGUAAUUUGGAGGCCUUGCGAGACCUUAAUGUAAGAAGAAAUCACUUAGUACGUUUGCCUGAAGAGCUAGCAGAGUUGCCUUUGAUACGGUUAGACUUUUCCUGCAAUAAAAUUACAACAAUCCCUGUUUGUUAUCGGAAUCUCAGGCACCUACAGAUGAUCACCCUAGAUAAUAAUCCACUACAAUCUCCUCCUGCACAGAUAUGUAUAAAAGGCAAAAUCCACAUAUUUAAAUACCUGAACAUACAGGCUUGUAAGAUUGCUCCAGAUCUGCCAGAUUAUGAUAGAAGACCCAUGGGUUUUGGCUCCUGCCAUGAAGAAUUAUACUCAGGUCGCCCCUAUGGAGCCCUUGAUUCAGGUUUCAAUAGUGUGGACAGUGGUGAUAAGAGAUGGUCAGGGAAUGAACCUACAGAUGAAUUUUCAGAUCUGCCUCUUCGAGUAGCAGAAAUUACUAAAGAACAAAGACUGCGAAGAGAAAGCCAGUACCAGGAGAAUCGCAGCAGUAUAAUAGUAACAAAUGGUGGAGUGGAACAUGAUCUGGAUCAGAUUGACUAUAUUGACAGCUGUACUGCAGAGGAAGAAGAGGAAGAAGUGAGACCACCCAAGGGCCUGGACUCAGACAGCCUCAGUUCACAGUUUAUGGCAUAUAUUGAACAACGGCGAAUCUCUCAUGAGGGUUCACCAGUAAAGCCAGUACCCAUGAGGGAAUUUCAAAAAACAGAAGACACGAGAAGAUAUUCACAUCAAAACAGGGUUCCAGCUGAGCCAUCUUCCCUCUUAUCACUAUCACCAAGUCAUAAUCAGUUUUCACAUGCAGACUUGGAACUUCAUCGGAGAAGAGAACAAUUAAUAGAACGUACUCGGAGAGAGGCACAACUUGCUGCCCUACAGUAUGAGGAAGAGAAAAUAAGGACCAAGCAGAUUCAAAGAGAUGCUGUCCUGGACUUUGUCAAGCAAAAAGCGUCACAAAGUCCACAAAAACAACACUCCCCCUUAGACGGUGAGUGUCCCUUCCCAUCCAGAAGGUCUCAGCACACUGAUGAUAGUGCCUUGUUAGUGUCGCUGUCAGGUGUGAAUCAAGUGGGCUGUGCUGCUACCCUGCCUCAUUCUUCUGCCUUCAGGCCUCUUAAGAAUGAUCACAGAUCUAAUGCUAUAUCAAGUUCACCUACAACAGAAACAGGUCAUGCGUCACCCCUUCUUUCAUCUUCUGCACCUACCACUGAUUUUAAAGAUCCGGUAACAAGACAGAAUUCAAGACAGAGAGAAGAAGAGCUGGAAUUAAUAGAUCAACUACGGAAACAUAUUGAGUACCGGUUAAAAGUAUCUCUGCCUUGUGAUCUUGGAGCAGCUCUAACCGAUGGUGUUGUUCUUUGCCAUUUGGCCAAUCAUGUGCGGCCUCGAUCUGUCCCAAGCAUUCACGUUCCCUCACCAGCUGUACCUAAAUUAACAAUGGCAAAAUGCAGACGAAAUGUGGAGAAUUUCCUCGAAGCCUGCAGAAAAAUUGGUGUACCUCAGGACAAUCUUUGUUCCCCUUCUGACAUCCUUCAGCUAAACCUCAGCGUAAAAAGAACUGUUGAAACACUACUUUCUCUUGGGGCACAUUCAGAAGAAUCCAGUUUUGUCUCUCUAUCUAUCCAGCUUUUGGGUUUUGUGGCAUUUUAUUGUACUCUAAUGUUAACUCUCUGUAUGCUUUAUUACUGGAUCUUCCCCCUCUAGCCGAAAGUGCAUUCCAGUGAUUUUUCCACCUCAUUCCUGUGCUUGGUAAAGGAGGUUUGUUUCUCAUUCAAAAGUAUUUACGUAUGUGCUUUUUUUUUAAUUGGUUAGCCAUCAAAGAGCUAACCAAUAAAGUAGAUAACUUCUUUCCUCGUGUGUCCAGAUGAGCAGCUCAUCACAUUAGGAAGCAUUUAUGAUUGCUAACAAAGAGCAGAAAGACCAGUAUAUUUUCUUCUGCUCAUUUGUCCAUUCUCCUGGCCUAUAUGUGGCCUUGUUUCUCUUAUCAUAAAUGCUGAGCAGGGUCUACAAAUACAAUCCUGAGCCUGUUGUUAGAAUAUGACUUAGGACUUUGUUUCCAAAUGGCAUAAUAAAAUUUCCAUCUGGCCUUCUUUCCAUGCCUCAGUACAACUUAAGUGUUGAAAUUGUGAGAAGUAUUAAAAUUAUGAGUUGCUGAACUUUUCAACAGCUGUUCAUGAGGAAACAGUUGUACCCCUUCUGUUCUGGGGAGCACCUGGUCACUUAGAUCUCUGCACUGAGCUGUGCCCUGAAAUCCUGAAAUCUGUCUUUAUUGGUAGGCACAAGUCCACCUAAUAAGCAUCUGCUCUCUGGACAUCUGGAAGGCACUGGCCAUUUAAUCUUAAUAAUUUUAAUUUGAUCAGAAUGUUCAGUCCAAAGAUAAUGUAGGUUCCCUAGAUUGCUAUUCUGAGCCCAUUGUGUACAUUGGAAACAGUACACAGCAAAUUAUCUGGAGCUGACCUUUCAGGGGUAGGCACCUGUCUGCACAUUUAUUAUGUUUGUUAUCUUUAACUUCACUUCUAGAAUCCUAAUUAGAAUUUAAAAUUGGAAUUUAUAUAAUUUCCAAUAUAUUUGAACCAUCUUAAUAGGUGAACUUAUAUUUGAUAGGCUGUUGAGGAGAUUUUAUCUGAACAGUAGCAGGUAAAGAAUUAGGCAGCAAUCUCUGUUCUGUACCCAAGGUGAUGAAUGCCUCUUUCAGAAUGCUUAGUAUAUUAGCUGCUAGCCUUAAUGCUUGAAAGUACUUUAUAAUUGCAUUCAGAUUCUGGUUCUCAUAAAUAGUGUUUCUGAACACUCAGGAAUCUCUGAACUCUGUUAAGAAAAUUGGACAACUGAACUCAUGUAUGAAGGAAGAUUGUGAGGAACCAUAUCAUGUUGUAGAAGUCAAUCUGAGGAUCUGAUUGCUUUGGUUUUCUUUCAUAUUAAAUGGGAAAAUUAUUUAACACAUUAAAAACCUUUUAUUUUUAAUGCUGAAACAUUGAACACUGUGUUGAAAACAGCAGUAGUGCCUUUUGGAGUUGGGGGGAGGUUUUUUUUUGUUUUUAAGAUGUCUCUGAGUCAGAGAUCAUUCAGUUUUGUGAAGUUCUGUCCCUUUAAAAAAACACAUGGUGUUUUAUGUGGUUUUGGGGGAGUAAUGGUGCAUUCUCUUCAGAACAGAGUUUGCUCUAAGCCAGCUAGAAAGUAAAUGUGCAUCUGGAAAGCAUAAGCCACUGAGGGAAUGUGUAAGCCACGGGCUUACGGGUCGCAGGGCACCCCUGGAAACGGAGAUCAAGGAAUCGGCCUCAGAGGAAAUAUGUCUCCCUCCAGAGUAAAACACCCUGCAGGUUCAUUUUAAGUAUAGUUAAUCUGUACUUCAAUUGUACUCAGAAGAUUUAUACAAAGUUGCUAGUUUCUUAAGAUCAAAAGAUUCCAUUUACCUUGUUUUAUCAAGGUAAGUAUUAAAAAGAAAGUGAUUAAGAAGCACAAGUACCAAUAACGGUUCAUAAAACAUACUUGUUAUAUUUUUUAUUGCAACUGGUUUUGUAAAACUUCCUAAUAAUAUAAUUAAGUGCCAAUGAAAAGCUGAGAAAAAUCCAGUUAUCUUCUUUAAUAAGUAUGUAUAGUCUUUUUCAGUAGAACCAGAAUUCCACUUUCAUUCAAGAGUAACCUCUUCUUUCUUUCAUCUAAUCAAUGAUAGAUGUUAUUCUUAUGAUACGCCUUUUUGUCUUAAAAGAAAGGAUUAACCAAACACAUUAAUGAGGUAAUAAACAAGAUAGAAGUAAUUUAACUUGCUUAAGCAAACAUGUAAAUGCUUUUCAAAUAUAUGUUAAUUAAUGUGUUCCUGACUAAACUCACAUCAUAGUUCUCCAGCAUAAUUUAAUCCAUUAAAUACCUUAAAUACCAGGAUAUAAAAUACUUUUUCAAAUAUGAUUUCUUUAUUUAAGUUCUGUAAUUCAAGUUUUUAAGUAAUUCAAACUGGGCCUUCCGUGAAUUAUCCUGUGUAGGGGACAUUUUCUCAAAUACUUCUAAAUCUCAAGGAUAUACUUCAGUUUCUUCCCAUGAUCCCUGCCUGGUCUGAGAACCCUGAUUUUCAUAGUCAGGACUAUAACGUAGAGAGCAUUCCUCUCUCAUGCAGUCUGAGUUAUGGCAUGAAACUAUCUUGCAUUCCUAUGGUUUGUGAUUUCCAAAGCACUUUCUCCUACAAUGUUAUAUCUUUAGGCUUCAGCCAUCCGGUAACUUGGAACUGUUUUUCUAUUUUCACCUGCCUAAUUUUACUGAUCUGCGUUGCUCUUUUAUUUAUCAGGGGUGAAGGAUGCUGCUCUUACUCCAUAUUAGUAUGUUUAUCUUCUGUUGUAUGUAAAAGUGUAUGUAACUUGUCCAUUUUCUCAUAUUCAGAAUGAUCUGGAUGUACUUUUAGAUGUAUUAAUAAAAAAAAAAGUGACGAGUGUCAGGUACCAUCUCUGUGUAACUCAUAUUAACAGAGGUCAGAUUCUCAGGUACUGACUUCUCUUAUCUCAGUUCAUUAUUAUGAGGGAGAGAAGAGAUGCUUGUUUUUUCUUUUCAGUUCUGUGAUGUUCAUCCUCUUUUCUCUUCUGUUUGUUUUUAUGUUACAUUGUCCCAUUUCAGGAGCAAUUAUGUUUGCCUCUCCACAUUUUAGAAGAGAAAGGUUUGAGCCAGGUUGCGCUGACGGUCCAGGCUCUCCUGGAACUUGCCCCGCCCAAGCAGCAGCAGCACCAGUUAUCUGCUGUGUAAGGACUCCCAGCACCGUGGGCGUUGGCCUGGCCAAAACGAAACAGGACAGCGUGACUGCUGCUGUGAGCCGUCUGCUUAACAAAGCGCUUAUGUGUUCUUGAAAGGGACUGUUUCCAUGAUUCCUAACAGGAAUAUUUUGCUUCAUUUCUCCAUUUUAGGGGAGGUUAUAUCCAUUUGCAUUGAAUUGUUUAUGAAGACACGGUUGGUUUUCACAAAUAAAAAUUAAUUCUGUCAUUAUUGAGAACCCAACACUGAAGCCUAACCUGGCUGUGCUUGUCUAGAGAGUAGGCUCUUUCACAUACUGAAGACUAUCUUCUCAGAAGGAUAUUUGUCUCUCUUGAAGGCACAGCCAUGCUGUUAUCUUUCCCUGUUUCCAAGCCCUCUGGAAUCCACUAGUUUCUAAACGUGGUUGUUCAUUAGAAUCUACUGGAGAAUUUGUUAAAGUACAGAUUCUCACUCGGUUGGUCUAGAGUGAGGCCUGGGUAUCUGCAUUUCAACAAACAUUCCAGAUGUUUCAUAUAGUGGAGACCAUUGUUCCAAGCUAGAUAUUUGUAUAAUUUGGGGGGAGUAAUGACUUCACCGUGUUUUUCAGCUCUAUUAUGACUACUUGGACUGUUCUGUCCAAGGUAAAAUAAAAAUAAUGUAGAAGGUCUAGAUUUUGCAUAGUAAAACAAUGAAACAGAUACUGUUGCAUUUAAGGCCAGUGUCCUAGACCUCCCCCCAGCUCCAGUCCACCACCACUUAGAGGAUGGUUCUAUGUAUCAUCCCACUGUUAUCUAAAUAGUAUAAUCAAGCACUCUACACACAGGGCCCAGAUCUUUAGGCUGGUAGCUUGUGACACUCUGCAUCCUGUGUGUUGACUUCACUGAGCUCACCCCUUCUCCCCUGCAAGCUGCUCCCGGGAUACCUGGACCUGCGAACACCUUCCAGUCACAGCAGAUGCACUUCCAGCUCCCCAAAUAACCGAAGAUUAUGCAAAUAAAGGAAGAGCCAAGCUUCUUACAUUUCUUUCAGCUAACUGCCAAUUUCUGUAGCUGAGUUAAAGCACUUGUGGCAUUUUAAAAACAGCUUGCUGUCUUUUCAUCUAGCCAUCUAGCUCCCCCACCAGUGCCUUAUUUACUCAAUUAUGGGUGCAGUACAAGGGCCCAAGGGCUCAGACAGCACAAAACCAGGAGCCCUAAUUCAAGUCUAAGCCACUUGGGUCUUUCUUCCCCUAUAUUUUGAGACCUUUUUAGUUGUCAGUGAUAUCUUCUGGUAUUCACUGCCUUUGUAAACCAAGUAAAGAGAGUAAGUGAAGAUACUAGUUAUCUAGGUUUUUUCCUGUUGUUAACUGUUCUGGGGUUUCUUUACCAGUACAUACAUUUAAGAAUAAUGUUCUCUUGUUUUAUCAUGUAGCAGCAUCUAAAAGUAACUCUGGAUAAAAUCAUGUUGAGUAUCUGGCCAAAAUAAUGUUUUCUCCUUGUUGUCACAGGUUUAAACUUAUAUAACACAAAACAUCUGAGCUCAAAGCCCAAUCCUUCAGGGUCCUUAUGAAACAAAAGUAAAAUGUGUUUAAACUGCUUAGAGCCAGACCCCAUUAUAUUUACAGUUCCAAACAGACCCACCAGUCAUAGGACUUGUUUAGAAUUUAGCUGUGUAUAUUUUUAAACUCUAGGUAUUUUUACUUCUAGUCAACAUUAAACCUCAGUACAAUCUCCAAAUUAUAGACAGCCAUUUGAAAUGAAACUCAGCAAAGGACAGGACUGUUUGUCACAUAGUUGCAAGGAAUAAUCCCAGUCAGCAUACAUAAUGCAACAUUUGGAACAUUUGUGACUAAUUUUCCCAUAGGAAUAAUUGGAAUUUUCAACGUAUUUCAAAUUUUAUACAUAGCAUGAAACUUUAUUCAUAUAUUUUUGUCAGACUAAUUCAAAUUUAUAUUUGAAUAGUUAGAAAAUAUUUGUUUACAGUUUUGGUUGAUAAUGAAAGAAAAAUAUAUUGAAUGUCUUUUCUAUGUCAAGAUGCAAAACAAGUCAUGAUGUUUUUGUUGGAAAAUUUUUGUACUCAGUGUUUUGUAUAUACCUUUUUUUUUUUAACUGGAAAGAAAAUUUAAUAUUUAGCCUUGCUAGACUCUAACAUAAGAUAAAGAUGAUUUUGUUACAGUUCCACCUGACCAUUUAUGAACUUCCUACUGAAGCAGUGACCUUCCCAGCGCUGAAGAGUGAAUGAAGAAAAGGCUAAGUGCUCGCCCACCAGGGCCCCUGCUAACGGUGGAGAUUUUAAGUCAGCGGGUUUCUGGGCUUUCAAUCUCAUACUUGCUUAGCACUCCAAACCAAUUUUCUCUGGAAACAACUCAUGGGAGAAAGGGCCGUUGUAUUUGGCUAGAAUAGAAUAGGACACUUAGUAGUAGUAGGUCACUUUCCUUAAUAGCUUUUGAAAAUACAGCCUCAUAGCUAAUCAAGGAGUCUGAUUUCUCUACUUGAUGAAAGUCCAGCAGUGACUAAUGAUGUAUGACUACGCUGAUGAGUAUGAUGAAUUUUUUAAAACUAAGCGCUUAAAUGGUUAUAGAAAUGAAGGAGAACAUGGAUAUUCAGAAACGUUUUUAUAUACAUAUUGCAGUAAGGUGGUUUACAGCAGAUUUCAUUUUAUUUCUGAAAAUGUUGUAAACAUGUAAUUAGUAAAAGAUUUUGUAAAACAUUGUCCUAUAUUUGUAUGUCUGUAAAUAUAAUGCAUAAGUUCUAAGAAUAAAUAUGUCAGUAUCAUGUAAUUUUAAAUUGCCUGUAUGCCACUUUACACAUUGACAUUAAAAUAAAAGACAGCACUUCAAUAGCAUGAAAUAAAGGCUGAUUUGAAAAUGUUCAUACCUAAA